AAUGAGCACCUGGUGGCGCCCGCUGGGCUGCAGAGCUGGGCAGGCAGGCUAGCGAGCAGGACUCCAGUCUCACAUUCAGGGACAGACACAAACGUAUGGACGGCAAGACGCCCUUUUCUCUCAAUUAAAGUUCCCUGACAUUUUAUUUACCACGUUUAUAACAAGGACUUUCCCUUUUGGUGACAAAGUGGGAGUGCGACGCCGUGCGUCCAGCUAUCAAGUUCGGUUGUGUUGGACAUUGUGGACACUUCCAUAAAGCGAAAAGUUUGAAGUGGCUCUUUUUAAGGAAUGCCUGUGAUCGUUAGCGGGUCUCCGGACGGGUAACCAGGUGCUGCCGUCAUGGCAAGGCCAGUGAGGUACCUGACUUGUUUCGCUGUGGUCACGCUGGCCCUGGCGGUGCUGAUGGCGGCUGUGGAAGUGGAUCAUGAGUGGCACUUCAAUGCAGCUCAGUGUCGUUACGCCCUGGGGAUGGAGGAUGGCAGCAUCCCAGACUCUGACAUCACUGCCUCCAGUGCCUGGUCUGACUCCACCGAGGCCAAGCAUGGAAGGUUGAGCACAGGAGAAGGGGACGGAGCUUGGUGCCCCGCAGGCGCCGUCUUCCCCAGUGGAGCUGAAUAUCUUCAGGUGGACCUGCGAAAACUUCAUUUCCUGGCACUGGUGGGCACACAGGGUCGCCAUGCUGACGGGCACGGCCAGGAGUUUGCCCGUAGUUAUCGUCUCCACUAUUCCCGAGACGGAGUGAAGUGGAUGACAUGGAAGGACCGCUGGGGCCAGGAAGUGGUGUCGGGGAAUGAGAACACCUACGAUGUGGUUCUGAAAGACUUGGGGCCUCCCAUAGUGGCCCGUAUGGUGCGCUUUUACCCGCUGGCUGACAGGGUCAUGAGUGUCUGCCUUCGAGUGGAACUCUACGGCUGCGUGUGGACGGAUGGUUUAAAGGCUUAUACAGCUCCAGUGGGCCACGUCAUGAAUCUGUCAGGCAUGCCCGUCUACCUGAAUGACUCCACAUACGAUGGAAGCACAGAACAAAGGAUGCAGUUUGGUGGCCUGGGUCAGCUGUGCGACGGCGUCCUGGGAGGGGACGACUUCAUCGAAACCAAAGAGCUGAGGGUGUGGUCGGGCUACGACUACCUGGGCUGGAACAGAGAUGUUCUCGGGAAGCCCAGCGUGGACAUUGAGUUCCACUUUGAGAAGCCACGAGUCUUCCACACCAUGCAGGUGCACAGUAACAACCGUCACACUCAAGGUGUGCGGGUGUUCAACAAGGUGGAUUGUCUCUUCAAACCUGGCAUCCUCCAGCCGUGGUCGUCUCCAGCGCUCGCACUGCCCGUCCCCCUGGAGGAUCUGAAGGAUCCCUCUUCUCGGACCAUCUCCCUGCCCCUGGGAGGACACACGGCUCAGAUUCUGCGCUGCAAGUUCUACUUCUCAGACCGCUGGCUGCUCCUCAGCGAGAUAUCAUUCCUGUCUGAGCCCUUUGAAAAGGACAGAAAGCAGACAAACUCCAUCCUUCCCACCACAAGUUCCUCUCCUUUCCUCAACCGCACCUCUUCUUCCUUCCCAGCGCCGAGUCGCAGCACCUCCAACGCCACCACUGUAUCUCCCACCACUGCCACCUCCACCUUCAUGAUGAACACCACUGCUAACUGGAUGCUGUCAGGCUCCGAGUUUGCCGCCGUGUCACCAAAGGCGGGGCUUCCGGUGGCCAAGGAUGAUAGUAGCAACACCGCCAUUCUGAUUGGCUGCCUAGUCGGCAUCAUAUUACUGCUGCUGGCUGUCAUUGCCGUCAUCCUGUGGAGGCAAUACUGGAAAAAACUGCUGGGGAAGGCCCAGAACAGCCUCUCGAGUGACGAGCUGCGCGUCCACCUCUCCGUCCCCUCGGACAACGUGGUCAUCAACAACACGCACAGCUACUCCAGCCGCUACCAGCGCAUACACACCUUCCCCGAUGACCCCGAGCGGGAGGGCGAGUGCGAGUACCAGGAGCCCAGCGCCUUGCUCCGCCCACGCGACCACCGUGACAGCACGGCCUUGCUGUUAAACAACCCGGCCUAUCACCUGCUCCUGUCAGAUCACAGGAAAGGCUCCAGGCCCGGCACCUGUCAGGCUCAGGAAAAGAACCUCAAUGUGCCCCAUGCCUGUGGACUGGAUUUGGACCUGGAGAAGAGUUUCCCCCUGUCGCAGGACGAGCCUCCUCCCUACCCCGGGUCACCGCCUUACCCCGCUCUGUCGCCGCCCGUGUCCCCCCCGCUUCCCCCCAGUGUGCCGCACUACGCCGAAGCCGACAUCGUAAGCCUGCAGGGCGUUAGCGGCAACAACACCUACGCCGUCCCCGCCCUGGCCUCGUCCAGCCCCGGUGGGGCGGACGCCACCCCCUUACCAGAGCUGCCCCGUCAGUGUCUGAUCUUCAAGGAGAAACUCGGGGAGGGGCAGUUUGGCGAGGUGCACCUGUGUGAAAUAGAAAACCCCCAGGACCUCCCCAACCUGGAGUUCCCCUUCAACGUGAGGAAAGGUCGCCCUCUGCUGGUGGCUGUCAAGAUACUGCGGCCUGAUGCAUCCAAGAAUGCCAGGAAUGACUUCCUGAAGGAGGUGAAGAUCCUCUCCCGCCUUAAGGACCCCAACAUCAUCCGUCUGCUGGGGGUGUGUGUGAGCAGCGACCCCCUGUGUAUGGUCACGGAGUACAUGGAGUGCGGAGACCUCAACCAGUAUCUGUCCCACCGAGUGCUGCUGGACAAGACCGGUCCUUCCCACAACACUCCAACCAUCAGGUAUGAGAAGGCGUUAACAAAUAUGGUGUCGGUUUUAUUCUUACCCGACAUCUUUGUUCCCAGCUACCCGGCUCUCAUCUCCAUGGCCAGCCAGAUCGCUUCCGGCAUGAAGUUUCUCUCCUCGCUCAACUUUGUGCACCGUGAUCUGGCCACGCGGAACUGCCUCGUGGGCGGCGACAAAGGUGACAGCGGCGGCGACCCGAGCGGCGAGCGCCACAUCAAGAUCGCCGAUUUCGGUAUGAGCAGGAAUCUGUACGCGGGAGACUACUACAGGAUCCAAGGCCGAGCUGUGCUGCCCAUCCGCUGGAUGGCCUGGGAGUGCAUCCUCAUGGGUAAAUUCACCACCGCCAGCGACGUGUGGGCGUUCGGGGUCACCCUGUGGGAGAUGCUGAGCGUCUGUCAGGAGCAGCCGUACUCCAACCUAACGGAUGAACAAGUCAUCGACAACGCUGGAGAGUUCUUCAGAGACCAGGGCAGACAGGUGUAUCUGGGCAAGCCUGCCGUUUGCCCUCAGGGUCUCCAUGAACUCAUGUUGAGCUGCUGGAACAGAGACUGCAAGCUCCGACCAUCUUUUGGUUACAUCCACUCCUUCCUCACGGAGGACGCCAUGAAUAUGGUGUAAGAUGCACUGGUGGAGUUGGGUAAUAAAAAUAAAAAAAACACAUUUUGGACUUUUCGGUGGAGGGGGGCUGCUGGAGACGCUGCUGGUUCAGUUUAAUCCCACACUAGACCCCCCCCUCCCAGGAAACUGCAGUAAGCUAGCUUGACAAGUGUAGAGCUUAGGCUGAGCUACAUGAUGUAGUGUAAUGUGGGUGUAAUGUAGUGGGUGGUGGGUGCGUUCUGCAUUAGGAGCCUUUUUUUUUCCUUGUGACUUUUUUUUCAAAAGUGGUUCACAUAGCACAAUAAUACCCACUCCAAACCCCAAUCAGUCCAGGUUUCACCCUUUAGGGUAGGCUCCAGCCCCCCCCCUCCCCACCUUGCAAUCCUGAAGUGGAUAAAAGAUAAAGAAAAGUACCAUGUAGUGCUUCACAAAGUUGCCUUUCCUCACAGCUGUCCCUAGCCUCUUGUCCAAAGUCAGCUGGGAUAGGCUCCAGCUCCCCCUUGACACCCUGAAAAUGGAUGUUAGGAGAUGAACGCUGUUGGUGUUGUAGUGGUUCACAUAGCUGCCUUGAGUUCAAAUCCCUGAGCAGUCUUGUUCAGGAUGAUCUCCAUCUUUUUUUAUUUAGGUCAGCUGGAAUGGACUAGUGUAGUGGUUUACGUAAGUCCAGUGUAACCUGCACCAGAGGCACUAUUGGGAAAUGAGAUCCAUUGAUAGUGUAGUGGUUCACAAGGCUGCCUUGGCCUCAAUUUCUAGCCAAUCGGUUCGAGGUGUAGUCCGAUCCCCCCUGCAACCCUGAACAAGAGAAGUGGGUCCAUAGAUGUUUCGAGAUGAGGUCAGAUGUAGAGGUUCAUGUAGCUGCCUUCCACACAGCCCUCCCCUGGCUCAUCAGUCCAGUGUGUACCCCGACCCCUGUCCCCCAAAGUCAGGAAUAGGAUAAGUGGAAUAGAAAGUGGAUGGAUGUGGGAAGAGUGGGAAGACUCUAGUGGUCCACAUAGCUGAUUUGGGCUCAAUUCCUGGGUUUAAUCCGCUUUAAGCCCCAAGUUUGCAACUCUGAAGAGGUUCUGUAGUGCUUCACAUAGCAGCCCAGUGUCAAUGAGUUCCCUGAUGAACCACUUCCACACUGUACUCAAACGGGACAAAAUGCAGAGCAGACAAACACUUCCAGCCCCCAACAGCAUUUUUUUUUUUUUUUGCCAGGGAAAAUGCAAUUCCCCCCGAUGAUGAUGUGACAUGACCACGCCCCCUGCCCCCUCCGCUUUUAAGCAGAAAUGUCACUUCCAGUUUGGACAAAAAUUUCCACAACCUUCCUGCACUUUAACUCCAUCACACGUGUGGCUGAUGAACUGUUGCUAUGAUUCCUGCUUACGUGGAAUGAAGAGCAGUGAUUGGACGACUGGAAAGACAUUGUUGGAUGUAUAAUAUUUUAAAAUGACGGACACUUGAGGAUCUGCCGUGAAUGCUCUUUGACUGUCGUAGGACGUCUACAUUAUGUUACUCAUUGUACAGCACUGUUAAUCAGUUCUCUACAUCAGUGCUUCUCAACUGGUUUGGCUGCGGGACACACCAUCACCCUCUGCUCUGGUAGCGAACGACUAGCAUCGAUGUCAUUGCUCUCUCACUCAAACUUGACCAAGUCGGACGUAAACAUGAUGUGCAUCUUGUCGUUGCACAGCAAGCAAAUAGCACAGACAUGUGGUGCAUUCACGGACAUCUAUGCGGGUGGGGGGCACGACCCCACGACCCACCCAAAACUAUGCCACCCACUUUCGGGUCUUGACCCUCCCACCCAGUUGAGAAUUCACUGUUCUACAUGAUCAAUUAAUAGUUGUUUACUGAUGCCAAAUGGUCGCGGUGCCAUUUGAGUCCUUUUUUUUUGAUACACUGUAGUACAACUAAUCACUUUUUAUAGAUACUGUACAUUGUCUGUGGUUACAUGAAUAGUUUGUACAUAUUUUGAAUACAGAUCUGUAUUUUCCUGUACUAAUAUAUGGAAAACUCUUUUGUUGAGAGUCUUCUCUAUCUUCUGUAGACACGCUUUGCAACCUUGAUGCCGCUACCAUCCAUUUUGCUGUUUAUUUUUGUAGAUGUUUCAAUAAAGUUAAGUCGUUACAAAUUUUUAAAAGGAAAAACUCAUGGCUAAUUAUACAGCACAUUUUUAUUAAUACAGAUAAAUGCUGACCAUUUUCAUACUAUUGCGGCUAUACCAUGCAGCAAUGCUUCUUUCUGACGUGACAAAAAAAACAAAACAUAGGAUUAGUUAAAGGGUUAAAUUCCAAAUAACAUGGCAGCAUUAUGGCUUAUACCGGUUGGAUAGACGGUGAUACAGUCAUGGAAGAAAUUAUGAGAACAGCCUUGUUUUUUUUUUAAAAGGCUGGUACUACUACAAGUGUGUUGGACAGGACAACAUGGAAUGUCUAAAAAAAGCACAGUUGUUUUUUUUUUUUUG